GGAUGCUGUAGGUGACUAGGGGGCGCGUCGAGAGAGAGAGAGAGAGAGAGAGAGAGAGAAAGAGAGUUGAUCAGCAGCAGUAGUUGUGGCAGUAGCGGGUUGAGAACCUCGUCCCAGACAUAUCGCAACACUAAUGGCGUAUUUACCCGCACAGAGAAGACGACGCCCGCAGCAUCACCAUCAUGACAGCAGCAGUGCAACCGGACGACGGACACGGCGUCUCACCGUGGUCCUACUCGCGCUCUUCUCUGUAAACGCCACCACCGCCACUGCUCAUACACCGUCGGUGCCCUUUUCACCCGGCGGUAGCAGUAUCUUCCAGGGUGUUGGCGACAAUUCUCCCCUGGCGCGCACGAUGAAGGGGGCUGCUGGAUCGGCUAGGAUGGCGGGUAGGGCAGGAGGAGGGGACCCUUACACGGUGGCGGCGCCGGGGGCGGAGCCCCUCAAGCUGAGCCACGGCACGACGACGGUAGCGCUCGUGUGCGACGGCGGCGUGAUAGCGGCGGUGGACUCUCGCGCCAGCAUGGGCUCUUUCGUGGGCUCCCGCACGACUCAGAAGGUCAUUCCAGUGUCGCAGCAUAUCCUUGGCACCAUGGCCGGGGGAGCGGCAGAUUGCACCUUCUGGCUGCGAUACUUGGGCAUGCAGGCCAAGGUUUUCGAAGACCGAAAUGGGUUCCAAAUGCCUGUCGCCACAGCAGCGCGGGUGCUCGCGGACGCUCUCCUGGGCCAGAGAGGGAAGGGGCUAUCGGUGGGCACGAUGAUCAUGGGACACGACAGGGGCAACAGAGACAGCAGCGGCAGGGGUAGUGUCAGCGGCGGAAAUCAAGGCGGAGGGCAGCUGUUUUAUGUGGACAGUGACGGUGCAAGGGUGAAGGGACGGUACUUCUCUGUGGGGUCAGGGAGCACGUACGCGUACAGUGUCCUGGAUGAAGGGUACCGGGACGGCAUGUCUCUGGAAGAAGCCGCCGAUCUCGCCAAGAGGGCGGUUCGUCACGCCACCUAUCGGGACGCGUUUUCAGGCGGUUUCAUCAACGUUUUCGUAGUCGACGCUUCUGGCUGGACACGGUUGGACGUCGACGACUCGGGCUUCUUGGACUUGACACAACCCUCUGAUGCCACUCCCGACCCCAUAGGGCGGGAGCAGCGAUAG